CAGUGUCCCAGCGUUCCAGCGUCCAUCCCAUCGGCUGGCGGCUUCCCACCCCCGACUACUUCUACCAGCGAGGCAGCCACCAACAACCAAACCGACCAACCAACCGACCACCACCAACAGAAGUCGCAUUGUAGCCGUCUGCAGAAGUCGGUUGACAGUCCUGAUUUCGCCUCCAUCAGGCUCUUAGGCCGCGCCCGCGUCCACUUGCUCGGUUUCCCAUCAACAACUUCACAGGAGGCAAGCGACCGCACGCUCGUUUACUUAGAGCACCUCCAAACCAGAAGAACCGCGUGACCGAUCGCCACGGGAACCACGAAGUGCUCAGCCCAUCCGUCGCCAUGGCGGAUCAGUCCAUCAUUCGCAUCACUAAGGAGUUGAGUGACAUCCAGCGAACGUCGGAUCUCUCUUUGGCUGUUGCUUGCCGCGACGUCGAUGUUCGCAACGUCAAGGCCUUGAUUAUCGGCCCUCACGACACUCCCUACGAAUUCGGUUUCUUCGAGUUUGCAAUCAGGUUCAACAAGGAAUAUCCCCGCAAGUCUCCUAGUGUCAACGGAAUUACGACGAACGGAGGACGAUGCCGAUUCAACCCCAACAUUUACUCGUCCGGCAAGGUUUGCUUGUCAAUUCUUGGAACCUGGCGUGGAGAGCGUGGCGAAGAAUGGUCCGCUGCGCAAGGCCUUGAGUCCAUCCUCAUCUCCAUUCAAAGCCUGAUGUCAGGCAAUCCUUACGAGAACGAACCUGGUUUCGAGGAGGCCAACGAUGCAUCGGACAAGAAGAACCAGAAAGACUACGUUCAGAAGAUCCGUCAUGAGACUCUUCGGAUCUCCGUCAUACAACGUAUGGAAGAGUACUUGGGCUUGACUCCCGAUGGCAACGCGAUUGCCCAGCAGUCUGCAGCAGACGGAGAACAGCUCGAGAUGGACACCGAGGACAUGGACGACACGAACGUGCCUUUCGAGCCCUUCAAAGACUUGUGUAAACGGAGGUUCCUCUGGUACUACGACAACUACCUGCUCGCCAUCCAAAAGGCCAAGACCGAAGUGAAAGACCAUCAAGCCUUCGUACGUAUGCCGUUCGAAGGCGCUAGCAACGCCAUGGAUGGCAAAUUCAAUUACACUGAGCUGGAAAGACGUCUUCGCAAUGUCAAGGCCGCCCUCGACAACGAGCUUCUUAAAUGGGCCGUAGAGGGCCAGGUUGCGAAUGAGAAGGAGAUGACGGUUUCUGUCAACCUGCGACACCAGUACCAGCAAGUGGUGCAAACAUUCAAACGCCAGGACAUUCCUCAUGACGUUCAGUUGGAAGACAACAACCCUUUCGUCUGGGUCAUUACCUAUUUUGGACGACCUAUGACGAAUCUUGACGGCGGUCUCUUCCGUAUCAAGGUUCAUUUCAGCCCGAGGUUCCCUGAAGAACAACCCCGCGUCAAGUUCCACACACGCAUUUUCCAUCAUCGCAUCUCGGAGGAUGGAACAGCCUGCUACUUCCCCAGCUCGCUAAGAAAAGACGAUGUGCGUUCUCAUAUCGAAGCCAUCUUCACUGCACUGGAGGAAGAGGAUCCAGCCUACGACCCUAGAACUCUGGUGAACCCCGAAGCCCAUAAACUCUACUGGGGAGGCGCCGAUGGACGCAAGAACUACAAUCGUCGACUUCGCAGAUCGGUGCAGCAAAGCAUGGACGAUUUCUGAUGUUGUUCUGGGCAUUGUAAUUUUACAUGCCCGAUGUGUCAGAUUGCAAACGAAUUACACAAGCAUACAACAUCUGUGUGUAUGUGACACGGCUUCAGUACAUAAGCCAGCCUUCACUCUUAGGCGGAGCGACUGUGGCCGAUUAAGUCGCCUUUGGUUUUACCUGGGUUCACCUCGGUCUUUGAGAGACUGGACGGCGUUUACGGCAUGGGAAUCAAGCAUACCAGGAACGGGUUAGGGGGUUGGCCCGUUAGACUCCAGUAGAUACCUCGAUUAAUGACGCAACGAAAGACGCUCUCUUCAAAAUCCUGGCACGAAAUGUUUUCUUUCGAGAAAGGGAGUUAAAUAAUGGCAUCCAUGAUGACAAGUUCUUCCCACGUGGCCGGAGCCUAUGUUCACCGUAACGCCAACCUGUCCAUGCAACCUAGGUACCAAGUCGUAACCUCAUGACUCCUUAACAAAGCAUCAAUCAUACGUACAUCCGUCUGCAGGAUGCUGUUCCUCC